AUGGCGUCUGCUAAUCAUAGGAAAACAACGUUCAUUUCCCAGAAGUUGCAGUUCUUGAAAGAUCAAGGAGACCAACUAAACAUCGCUGUUGGCCUCUAUGUGAAUGCCAUAGUCGAGAUUGGAGAGGCUUGGACGGAAGAGGGAGAUAAUAAACCGAGCUUCCUGGAGUUAUGUCAGAUGAUAGAUAGGGCAGUGGAGUCCCUCUGUGAAAAAUGUGCAGACCUGUCAG